GUUACCCUCGUCUCUCCACUGAAAAGCCGGGGUCUGCGAUAAGAACUCCAAGACAUCGUCGGAUCGCUAGAGUUGUACCACAGCCAACAUCAGUCAAUGCAGCAAAUCAUCAGCGGGUGCGAGUGAUAGACCAACACGAUCUUAUUGCCAUGAUCCAUACCCACAUACGUGAAAGGAAGGUUGCUGUCUAGGGUUGAAGCAGCUGGUCAAGUCAAACAAGCUUUGACAAGCUUCGAUGGCUUCGAUGGCUUCGAUGUUCCUUGCACAUGCGUUGGAGCUAUCUCUCCGCAUGUAGUGAGAUAAGCCGGCUUGACACCCUAGACGCAAGAAUUCCCUAUCACAUAGCUCAACGCUGAGAUAAGAAACAUAGAUAUAGAGUAUGGUUAUGCGUUAUUUAAAGUCGUCUCUGAAUGUUUUGCAGCAGCAUCGAAAGAUACGUUUUUGCUUUGCAUUGAGGUCCGCUGAUUGAACAUAGUGGUCGUCUAAUCUUAUAAAUUUUGAGUCUGCAAUGGCGGAGACAAUGCUGACCCGAAUAACUCGUCCAAGAGUUUCGGGCUCGUCAUGGGUAGUAUCAGUUCUCAUGGUCCUAUGUUCGUGCAUCACGUCAACUACUUUUGGUUACGAUGGGUCGAUGAUGAACGGACUCAAUAUCCUCCCCAGCUACACAGAUUAUUUCCAUUUGAACACCGCAACUCUUUCUCUGAAUACAGCCGCGCUCUGGAUUGGUGGCGCCAUUGCUGGCUUGACUUAUGGACAAGUAACCGAUAUUAUCGGGCGCAGAUAUGCAUUAUUUUGGGCUGCCGUUGGGACAUUGUUGUCUGUAAUCCUUCAGACGGCUGCGCAGAAUACUGCCAUGUUCGUGAUAGCCAGGAUUUUAGUAGGGUAUGGCACUUCGGCGUCCACUCUUACGGGACCGACGUAUGUCGCUGAGACGCUUCCUUAUAAUUGGAGAGCCUGGGGACUAGGAGUACUAAAUGAUUGUUAUUAUGUUGGAGGACUGAUUGCAGCUGGUGUGACGUAUCGAACGGCUACUUACAACUCGACCUGGGCAUGGAGAGUUCCUUCAUUAGUCCAAGGAAUCUUUAGUAUUCUUUGCAUUGCCAUUUUGCCAUUUGUGCCAGAAUCACCUCGAUGGCUGGCCUAUGUUGGGCGUACAGAAGAGGCGUUAAUCGUUAUAGCCCAGACUCAUGCAAACGGAGAUACCUCAAAUCCUAUUGUACUUGCGCAAUACAAGGAGAUCAUUGACACAAUAGAAUAUGAGAGAAAUGUUGGUGAGACCUUGAGUCUAAAGCAGAUGGUCAAAACACCGGUUGCAAGAAAAAGAGUCUCUCUAGCAAUCUCCGCUGCGGUAAUCUCGACAAUUUCAGGAAACGUAAUCGCAAGUUACUACUUGGGAACAAUGCUUGAGAAUGCCGGCAUUACUGAUACCACCACGCAACUGCAAAUUAAUAUAAUACUCAAUGCUUGGUGCCUCUGUUGUGCAUUGGUUGGAACAUACUAUGCUGACAAACUUGGCCGGCGUCCAACUGCUAUCAUUAGCACAUCACUUCUCACUGUCUUUCUUUUCAUUGUCGGUGCUCUUACCAAAGUAUAUGGGACAUCAACAAAUAAGUCCGGUGUGUAUGGGACCGUCGCUGCAAUUUUUCUCUUUCAGGGGGCUUAUUCUUUCGGAUGGACACCACUCCUCUACUUGUACCCACCCGAAGUACUCAAUUAUCCUAUCAGAGCUAACGGGAUGGGCCUCUUCACUUUCGUCCUCAAUGGUGUUGCGCUCCUGAUCGUAUUCUCAUUCCCAUUCGCGCAAGAAGCUAUGGGAUGGAAGAUAUAUAUGAUGAAUGGUGCGUGGGAUGUCUUGGAGGUGGGAUUGAUCUGGAAGUAUUGGGUUGAGACAAAAGGAAAAACGCUCGAGGAGAUUGAUGAAUUAUUCGAGGGCACCAAACAUUCAGACGCACCUGAUUUGGAACGCAUCGUACAAGCUGAAAUGCAACCAGAAGAAGUUGUUUCUGAUAGCAUUGAGGUUGUUGUAUCCAGAAAGAGUGUUUGAAUUGAGGUAAAGCCCCGGAGCAGAUAAUGUAUUGAACGUUUUAAAGAUAUUGUCGGUCAAUUUACGAUGUUUUACAACGUAAUGAAGCAGGACUAGACAACUCCUUACCUACGUGAAUGGGUAACUGAUAUGAACAUUUGAAUUUCCAUUGCAUCA